AAUAACGUCGUAAUUACAUUUUUUUGUAAAUUAAAGUUAUAAUGUCAUUAUGUUCGAAAAGUCUAUUUACACCCGGAGAAACAUCGACCGAAAUGUUUUUUGGAGAUUUGCCGCGAGACGGCGCUAGUGUCGUUGUUGAAUUGAACGAAAUGGCGCCAUUUCUGAUUCUACAACGACUGAACGGCCAUUUGCGCGGGGCGCCCCGCUGAGUGUGUUUGUGUUUGGGAGCUACAACGUCGUAAAGUUUCAGACAAUAAUAUUAUUCAAGAUGGAUAACCGUGCAAGAAGAAUGGUGAAUAGUUGUACAAUAGUACCCCCAUUUAACCCUCACGAUACUCCAGAAGUUAGGAAACGAUGUAAUGAUGAUAUAUUCAUAUCGAAAAAUAAAUUAAUUAAAAUAAAUAAUACACCAGAACACAAUUUACCUGACUUAGACAUGGGUGGAUCAAGCUUUCCUACACCUAUUCCAUCAACUUCUGUUGACAAAACACCCGAUUCACCAACUUCCGUUGACCAAACUGCGGUUCCAUCUCCUAUUUCACCAAAUGAGGUUGCCAAAACUCAUUCACCAACUUGUAAUAUACCGCCAAUGAAUGAAAAUGAAGAAGAUUUUUCUCCAGACGACAGUGGAGAUGAAUACCGCCCUGAAAAAGCUAAACGCCCAAUAAUGAAAAUAAGACAGAGAUCGUCAUCGAGUUCUUCUUCCUCAUCAUCGAGUUCUUCUUCCUCGUCAUCGAGCUCUUGUUCCUCAUCAAGUUCUACAUCUUCUGGGAACACCUCACGGCACAGUGAUUCAAUUUUGUCGCAGAAUCAACCUUUUAUUCCAAAUGAAGAAAACCAUUCCAGUGCUGUAAAUAAUAAUCAUUUUCAGGAUUCACCAGCAGAAAUUUCAGUUACCAAUAAUAUUCAAAACGAUGAACCUAAUGACAUGGAUCUAAGCCGAGCAUCACCUCCUAUGAAACCAAAAAAAAGGCAAAGAAACCCAUUGUCUUGGAAGAAAAAUAAACGUGCUCAGUUAAAGAAUUCAGGCCAGGAAUAUAUUUCUAGGACGGGCAAGACCAUUUCGGCAAAAGAGAUGAAGCCUCCUUGUUCCAACAAAUGCAGAUACAAAUGUUCGGAACAUAUUGCAGAGGGCCAAAGAUAUGAGAUUUUCAAAAUGUAUUGGGAUUUGUCUUCGCUUCAAAGACAACGUGAUUUUUUGAAUUCUGCAAUAACUGUACUUCAGUUAGCACAAAGGCGUCUAAAAACUAAUGUAGAAAAAAACAAAAGACCGAAUACUUCCUAUUCUUUAAUAUCUAGCGGUAGGAGUGUUAGAGUAUGCAAAUUAUUUUUGUUGAAUACCUUGGGUAUUUCAGAACGUACUUUACGUACAGUCGUUGAAGCUAAGACCAAUAUUGAUUCCAACGGAGUAGCACCAAUUGACAAACGUGGUCGUCAUGAAAAUCAUAAAAAAACCUGUUCUGAGGUACAAGAGUCUGUUCGAAUUCAUAUUAAUUCAAUAAGUAGAAUUGAGAGUCACUAUCUCCGUGCCAAUACUAAUAGAGAAUUUAUUGAUGGUGGCUUAAGUAUUGCUGAUCUACAUCGUGACUAUAAAAGAAUAAGGGAAUUAGAAAACAAAGAGGCUGCAACUUACGAUUCAUACUUUCGCACAUUUAAUACCGAGUUUAAUAUUUCUUUUUUUACUCCAAAAAAAGACCAAUGUGAUGUCUGUGAACAAUAUAAAAAUGCUGUUGGAGAGGAUAAAGAGAAACUAGAAUCUAACUAUACAGAACAUUGCCGGCAGAAACUACUUAGUCGAAUGGAAAAGAAGACUGACAUAGAAUUAAGUAGAAAUAGGGACAGUAAUGAGAUAGUCGCAAUUUAUGAUCUUCAAGCAGUUAUGCCGGUGCCAGUUGGCGAGUCGUCAUCUUUUUAUUAUAAGUCUAAAUUGAACUGUUUCAACUUGACAGUGACAGAUAUAAAAGAAGACCAAACUUAUUGUUACUUUUGGCAUGAAGCUAUGGGAAGUAGAGGAGCAACGGAAAUCGGUUCCUGUAUUUUGAAAUACCUACAACAACUAGCUGUUAAUCAUCCUGGCAGUAACUUAACAUUUUAUACUGACAAUUGUGGUGGUCAACAAAAGAACAGAUUUAUAUUUUCUUUGUAUUUGUAUGCCGUCAAAACUCUUGCCGUCAAUAAAAUUACACAUAAAUUUUUAAUUAGAGGUCAUACACAAAAUGAAGGCGAUACUGCUCACUCUAUAAUUGAAAAGGCUAUAAAGAAAGCUAAAAAAUCUGGUGCUAUUUACGUGCCAGAUCAGUAUGUCCAAAUAAUAAGGUCUGCAAAGAAAAAAGGUAACCAAUUUAUUGUUGAAGAACUAAAUUUCGAUGAUUUUUAUGACGUCAAAAAAUUAACGGACGAGAUUGAACUUAACACUUUCAAAGAUGUGGAAGGGAAUACGAUAAAAACUUCGGAUAUAAGGGCAAUAGAAUUCAGAAAAGAUAAUGAUGCAGUAUACAGGUAUAAACUUAAGUAUGACGAUAACUGGAUUGAAGCUGAAAUUAAAAAAAAGAGCCAAAGAUCUACAAGCCAAAGAAUAACUAGAGACAUACGUGAUAUAAUUGUGACGCCGGUAUAUAAUUCAAGAAGAGAUAUUCCUGUCAAAAAGAAAAAUGAUUUAAAAGAGCUCUUACAGAAAAACAUUAUUCCUCGGUAUUACUCCACCUUUUACGAUAGUAUUUUUUAA